GCGCAUGUAUUGUCUGGGCAUGCGCGAUCCGCCUCCAGCAAACAUCAUGGCGCAGCAAGAACCGAAUGGAGAUUUUCCAUAUUUACCUUCAGGGGCGGCCGAAGUGAACCGAAUGAUAAAGGAGAACAGCAACUUGUUCUCUGAUUCUCAAUGUAAAGUGUGUAGCGCCGUCUUAAUCUCAGAAUCCCAGAAACUUGCACAUUACCAGAGCAAAAAACAUGCAAGCAAAGUACGCCGAUACAUGAGCGUUCAUGGCAGUGAUGAGCCAAUCGCGAAGCGGUUCAAGCCUUCAGGAGAUGAUCAGAGUAAUGUUGAUGAAAAGGACAAAUACAAAGCAUGCAGUGUGUGCAAAAUGACCUUCUCUUCCCCGGUGGUGGCACAGUCCCACUACCAGGGCAAAGUUCACUCCAAGAAUCUUCGCAUGCAGAGCAUCAGCUCUCAGACUCCUGGAUUACCUCAGCCCAAAGCGCAGGCGAAAAAGGAUGACGGUAUGCAGGGGCCAGCAGACCAGGACCCCAACCGUUUCUGCUCCAUCUGCCAGGCCUCCUUCAACAAUCCCCUCAUGGCUCAGCAACACUACAGUGGCAAGAAGCAUAAAAAACAUAUGAAUAAACAGAAGCUGAUUGAGACCUUUGGGCCCUCCACUGCGCCAGCCUCCACAGUGAAGGGCUACCCAUGUACUGUGUGCAAUAUUGAGCUGAACUCAGUGGAGCAGUACCAAGCCCAUAUCAGUGGCUCCAAACACAAGAACCAUGCCAAGCCCAAGAAAGAUCCGAAUGAGUUCGCCCCUCCACCUGACAACUACCAGCCUGAUUACCAGUAUCCCGCCAACGACGAUUGCAUGGAGGAUACCGGCGAGUGGGACAGCUUCAACGAGGCCUACGAGUGAGAAGACGCCUCCAGCAUCCUCAGCCCUUUGCUCAUUCGUGACAAGCUUCCUCUGUUUAGGCACAGGUCAAUGUGUGUCUGCACUGUGCAUCUCCUAAUACCAGCUCUUUCUCCACAUAGCAUCUCUUCCUUCUGUCACUCUCACGCUCUUACCGCUGAGGGACCACAAUAAUCUUCCACAGCUUUUUUUUUUUUUUUUUUUUUACUCCAUUUUUCCUCUGCAAAACUUAGAGUGCUGCAUUUUCCCCAGUGUUAGGAUUGUGUUUAUUAGUGUUACAAUUAUCAGUUUACAAGAAUUCAUUUUCAUAAUCUCCACAAGCAAGCGCAGGCUCCGAAGGUGGUUUCAGGAGACGUUUUUUUUGUCUAAAUGCGAUUCGAUAUUCUUAUUUGUUGCUUUUUUAUGUUAAAAUGCUCAAGUGUGUGUUGUGUUUAUUGAAUGUCUGUGCAGUACAAAGCUGUUGAAGUUGAUAGUGUGCAACAAUUGGAAAAAAUGUCUUUGUUUUUUUUUUUUUAAAGCUUAAGAGAGCUUUUUAUUUUAUUUCUGUCAUCUUUUAAGGAAAAAAAAAAAAGGAGAAAGUUUUUAACCAAUUUUAGUGAUUUGCUCUGUUUGUCCUGGACUUCUCAAGGCUUCUCUCCGUCUUCAUGUAAACAUACAUCUUUAAAUAGGACGUAUACUGUAAUUUAAUAUGCUUAGAGAUUUAGGAUUUAAGCAUUUAUAAGUGGUGCUUCAGUUCUCACAUUCAAACUGAAUUUGUCCUAGUGAUUUAAAGUCAUCCCAUCAUAGUGUGUUAGUUCCACUUCAUAAGGGUGAUUAUUUAUUUAGUUCCUAUGUAGGUGCAAAUUCAUAAUUGUCAUGACAUAGAUUCUCACGGUGUAUUCUGGUGUACAGCUGUUUUUUUUUUGUUUUUUUUUUGUUAAAAUAUUGAUUAGUUUUAAAAUGACUCUUUUAGGGGUUAAUGUGUCUCAAAAAUCAACUUUUAAAUGAAUAUGUGACAAGUUUCUGAUGAUAUGUCUAAUCUCUGGCUUGCAUUACAGGUGUAAGAAGCUAAUGCUAAGACGUAAAAGCAGCAAUAGUUCGAUUAGUGUUUAGUACCUUCAUAUGAAUUCUUAAAUAUUUCAUUUUAUUAAGGGGGAUUAUAGCUGAAGUCAUUGUGGAAGUUUGAAGUGCUACUUUUGUCACUGAAGAACUGAUUGUGAGAGAUUUUCUUUUUCUUGUGUGUUUUCAAACAAGUUUUCUACUCCCAAAUCCGCCAUGUUAGAUGUGUGUUUGAGGUGAAGGUUAAUGCAGACUCAUUCAGUAGUCUGUCAGUAAACCCAAGAAGAUCGACUGAAGAACUACUGUAAUGAAUCCAGGCAGUGUUGCUAAGCUUGGGAGCCUGAGAUGUUCAACUAAUGUUUUUUUUUUGUUUUGUUUUUUUAUUCCCCAAUGUUAAAGGCUUCUGAGCAGCACAUCUGCAAUUAUGUGCUGGUUUAAGGCUUUUAAACAUGGUAGCAUCUGUUGUUUUUUUUUUUUGCUUUUAUUGGUCAGUUUAAUUUUCAAGCGACUGUGUGAGCCUAAAGAGAUGUACGUUACUUUUCAUCCAGUAAAAUGUUUUGAGGAAAUCAAA